AUGAUCUUGAAGACCAAGCAUAACCAAAGCCAUGGCUACCGAGAGGUGGUAGUGGACCUGUUGCAAAGGUCAUGGCAACAGUUUUUGGGGAUAUUUCAAGGCAUUUUCCUAGUUGACAUUCUGGAAGGCCAAAGAACGAUAAUGUAUGCUUCUUCUGAGAGUGUUCUGAGAAGUGUCUUGGCAGGUUACAAUGGUACCAUCUUUGCCUAUGGGCAAACAGGCAGCGGUAAGACAUUCACCAUCACAGGUGGGGCAGAGCGUUAUAGUGACAGAGGUGUUAUCCCAAGGACGCUGUCACACAUUUUUGAGCAAUUACAAAAGGACAGCAGCAAAAUAUAUACAACACGCAUUUCCUAUUUGGAAAUCUACAAUGAAUGUGGUUAUGAUCUAUUGGAUCCAAGACAUGAAGCCUCCAGUUUAGAAGAUUUGCCGAAAGUGACAAUAUUGGAGGACCCUGAUCAGAACAUUCACCUGAAAAACCUGUCUCUUCAUCAGGCUACCACAGAGGAAGAAGCUUUGAAUUUGCUUUUCUUAGGAGACACCAACAGAAUGAUUGCAGAGACUCCUAUGAAUCAAGCUUCAACCCGUUCCCACUGCAUUUUCACUAUUCAUUUAUCAAGUAAGGAACCAGGAUCUGCAACUGUCCGACAUGCCAAACUCCAUUUGGUUGACCUGGCUGGUUCAGAGCGAGUUGCAAAGACUGGAGUAGGGGGCCAGCUUCUAACAGAAGCCAAGUAUAUCAACUUGUCACUACAUUACUUAGAGCAGGUUAUCAUUGCCCUUUCAGAAAAACACCGUUCACACAUUCCUUAUAGGAACUCCAUGAUGACCAGUGUCCUAAGAGACAGUUUGGGAGGGAACUGCAUGACAACUAUGAUUGCAACACUCUCCUUAGAGAAAAGGAAUAUCGAUGAGUCUAUAUCUACAUGCAGAUUUGCACAACGAGUGGCACUGAUAAAAAAUGAAGCUGUUCUUAAUGAAGAAAUUGAUCCCAGAUUGGUGAUUAUACGCCUACAAAAGGAAAUCCAGGAACUGAAGGAUGAGCUGGCCAUUGUCACUGGGGAGCGGAGGACAGAGGCCCUCACAGAAGCAGAGCUCAUUCAGCUGGAAAAACUAACAGCAUCCUUUUUGGAAGACCAGGAUCCAGAGAGUAGACUAGAGGUUGGCGCUGAUAUGCGUAAAAUUCAUCACUGUUUUCAUCAUCUAAAGAAACUAUUGAAUGACAAGAAGAUCCUUGGGAAGAGUACAGUCUCCUCUGAAAUCAAAGACCCAGACUGCCAAGAACCAUUAAAAGAGGAAGAAUAUAAAAAACUACACGAUCUUCUAAAGCAGAGAGAUAAUGAAAUCAAUAUUCUGGUCAACAUGUUAAAAAAGGAAAAAAAGAAAGCUCAGGAUGCUCUCCACAUAUCAAGCAUGAAUAGAAGUGAAUUCAGACACUCCCAGAGCCCACCCUUCCCACCUGGGAACCCAGAAGGUCCGAGAAUGUUCCUCUCCUCAGCUCCCAUGCAGGCCCAGGACUUCAGCAUUUGCGGGUACAGAUCCAGUUUGCUCCACAAAAAAACAGGGAUGAGAGAGGAAAUGUCAUUAGGACGCCAGGAGGCUUUUGAAAUCUUCAAGAGGGACCAUGCUGACAGCGUUACCAUCGAUGACAACAAACAGAUUCUGAAACAGAGGUUUUCUGAAGCAAAGGCCCUGGGAGAAAGUAUAAAUGAAGCAAGAAGUAAAAUUG